GGCGGGGCCCACAAGGCGGACCAAUUGGGUGCGUGCGUGGUACGUCGUCUCUCCGAAAUCGCUGGGAAAGACGAAGGAGAAGAGGAAGACCGUCGCCUGUUCUCUCUCUUUCUCUCUCUCUCGGUAUCUCUUUCGCUCUCGAUGGCGCUCUCCUCCGGAGUCUCGAGCAAGCUCUUAUUCCGAUUGCGCGGCGGAGAACCUCGAACUGCGACCGCUCAUCGGUCUUCUGUUAGGUUUCCCCGCUAUUUCCGUCGCCGGAGCUUGGUCUGUCGAUCGUCGCUUGCUUCAGCUGUUCCACAGUCUGGUAGCGUUGCUCCUGCAAUUUCAUUAACUGAUAAAGCAUUAAACCAUUUGAAUCAAAUGAGAUCUGAACGCAAAGAAGAUCUGUGCUUGAGAAUUGGAGUGAGGCAAGGUGGAUGUUCUGGCAUGUCCUACACUAUGGAGUUCGAAAACCGAGCUAAUGCACGGUCUGAUGACUCAAUCAUAGAAUACAAUGGCUUUGUGAUCGUAUGCGAUCCCAAGAGCUUACUCUUCGUAUACGGGAUGCAGUUAGAUUUCAGCGAUGCACUCAUAGGUGGUGGCUUUUCAUUUAAGAACCCUAACGCAACACAAACUUGUGGCUGCGGCAAAUCCUUCGCCGCGGAAAUGUAGGAAAUGUAGAGUGUGUAUCUUCACUUGCUUAUCUGCAUUUGCCACUGUUGAAGGCACGUUGAAACCUGAUGGGUUGCAAGGAAAUUUGGCUCAAUGUUUAUUUUUA